CUGUGUGGAGGGUGAAGACACGCAUCAGGGGAGCUUCGUGGAGUACCAGUCCGGGUCUUAGUGAGAGACGUCCGUGGAGAAGCCAUGGUUCAGACGUGCUCUGCGUACGGCUGUAAGAACCGCUACCACAAAGACAAAGACAUUUCAUUCCACAAGUUUCCUCUGGCACGUCCAGAUGUUUGUGGUAAAUGGGUCGCAGCAAUGAGGAGGAACAACUUCAAGCCAACAAAGUACAGCAACAUCUGCUCGCAGCACUUUACCAAAGACUGCUUCAAGAGAGAGUGCAACAACCGAGUGCUGAAGGAGAAUGCUGUGCCGUCGCUUUUCACCUUCAACCUCAACAUCAAGACAGAGUCCCUGGAGGAUGCCUUCCCCUCAGAGAUUCACUUCCCCCUCACUCUGCCUCUUGCGUCCGACCUGGCAGUGGCGGAUGAACCAGAGGAGCCUGGGAGGAGCCUGUCAGACGCACGGGGCGACACAGUGGCAGUCUCCUGUGACCACAAUUACACAGCAGAGGACUCCGCUCGGCAAAGGAAGCGCAUCGAGCAGCUGGAGGAGCAGUUAGGGAGUCUGAGGAAGAAACUGAAGACCACACAGCAGAAGUGUCGACGGCAGGAGAGACAGCUAAAGAGGCUGAAGGCGGCGUGUGAGACACCAAGGACCAGCCGCGAGGCCCCCGCUGCAUUCGGAGAGGGAUUCGUGAUAUUACCGAAACACAUCUACCACACACUCAAAGGCAUCGAGUAACGAGGAGCAGAGAAAGGAAAGACCAGUGUGGUCAGCGAGCAGCAUUUCAAUUUGCUGCAGGUUCAGCCUCACAUCUGUCAGCAGCCAGUCUGCUGAAGAGCUGCUGAACAAGGCAGCAAACCCCUGAGCUGAGAGCUGGAGGGACUCAUUUGUUCAGGAAUGCAAACGCUGGAUGAGGAAAACUCCAGUCUGAUUGGCUGGAUGCAACGACUUUUUCUUCUGUUUGGGCUGCAGUGAAAUGAUUUGUUAACUCUCACUUUAAAUGAACAGUUCAGCAUUUUGGGUUUGGUUUAAAAGGGAGAUCUGGGCUGAAAAGAUUUCUUGACACACAACAUGCAGAUGACGGGACUGCCUGGAGUCUGAUCCAAACCAGCAGAGACGCUGCACAGAAGUGCUGGGUGGAUGGAUAAACUGUUGUUGUUCAGGAAUAGUUCUAACAUGGAACGCCCCAAAAAUCACAAACUUAAGUUUUAUAUUUGUGUUUGUGUAAGAAUUUCAGAAACAGACUGCAGCCUGUUAAUUAGUGAGCUUCAGUUUUUGUUUUUGAAGAUUUUUUUUUCCUAAAAGGAACAAGCUCACAAAAUUGCAACACACACACACACAAAAAAAAUCUUUUGUGUAACAAAUGGUAAAUCUGUAAUUCUCAACGUAUUUCCAUAUUUUUCUUCACAUAAACACGAUGCAAAAAAUGUGUGUGUGCGUGUAUGUACUUACAUCUAUUUUUGUGAGAACACAUUUGAGUUUAGACCUUGGGCAAACGUGUGUGUGUGGCAUGCACACUGCCUCAUCUUCAUCCACAAUGUUUCCGUCUCUGAUAUCCAAUUUAAAACAUUUCCGCACAUUUCUUCACAUCAGUAAGUCUGCCGUUCAGUCAGUGACGACUGUUCCCCCAGCUAGAAAAACAAUGAGUCAGUCAGAACUUUGUAGGCAGGAUUGAGAACAGAGACAGAUCCUUUGUUCUUCACAGAUGUGACGGUAAUAAAUGAAUGAACAUAUAAGGAGCAUUUUCAUGUUGUAGGUGGAAGAAGAGCUACUUUAACCACUACAUGUGUUUGAACCCAAAACAAUUCAUCAUAUUUUAAGAUCAUAACAUGUUUGCAUGUAGCUGUCUAAUAAUGUAGUGGAGCAACAAGUUCUCAGUCACUACAGCAAUAUUUCCCUUUGGAAUGUAGUGGAGUAGAAGUAUAACGUCACAUAUCCUCUGGUAAGGUAGAAGAACCUUACAUUUGUAGAUAACUAGAGUGCAUUUCUGCCACUGGCCCUUUCAUGCAGUGCUCAUCUUGGUGUCUUCUGAGGGUUUCUUCUGCUGGGUGUGGUGUGAUAUUUUCCACUUCUUCCUUCUGUUAGGUAGAGGUAAGUGGCACGUUUAAACCGGCAAAUCUCCGUCUGCAAGCACAGCAAAAAUAGCAGCAAUGUUACUGGGACUGGUGAAACUUACCAAAAAAACAACAAAAUAAACAUUUGUGUGUACUUACUAAGAACGAAUGAAAAAAUACCUGAUAAUGAAUCAUAAAAGACUAGUUCCUUAUGAAGGACCACUGUAUAUAGCAGACAAUGACAUGUUACAGAGACCAGGCUUGCAGAUACUAUGUUAAUGAUUCCUUUGGUAUGAUGAUAUCUGUGAAUCAGAAUAACAACCACUUGCCUCAUGAUAUUUUCAUGAUUAAUUCUGAUUGUGCACUCCCAAAUAAAGUGAUACACUGAGUAGUUUUUUAAGUAUCCCGAAUGACUUCAUGCUUACCUGACCAUUGUGCCCCAGUAAAGCAUCUAACCUACAAAACGUGUAGCUUGUGAGGCUUUACUGGGGAAUUCACAAUUGGUUCAUAAUAACAAACCAGAGACAGCAGAGUUCUGUACAUUUGAAUGUACAUUAAUAUUCACGUCCAAAUCAAACCCUGAGGUAUUAGAGAUGAGUGAAGCCUUUUCCCCAAAAUGUUGAACUGUUUCUUGACUGAGGGGUUGUAAUUGAUUUUGCAGAGAUUACUGUA